GUUGUUUCGGGUGAUAUUCGUCAUCAUUCGCAGAAGUUUCUCUGAUAUAUUCUUCUGUUACUGAGGCAGGAAUAAAGCGGAAUAAACCGAACUUUCAUCCGUUUACACACACACCAGUUUUAUUUGACUUUCGAUCAGUUUCUUCUGUGUUUUUCUUCACUUUUUGUCAUUUUUUUCCUUUUUUUUUUUGGAGUCACUUCAUGUCUGAUUGCCAAGAGAAGAGCGUAUCGAGGGCAACAUCGAAAGAAACCCACUGAGAGUCUUUAAAUCAGAUGAACGUGGCACCCUCAGGUGUUUGGAAAUUGCUCCCAAGGAUGAACCAGACUUGUGGAGGUCCACAAUUUUCCACUGAUUUCUUUUGAUUUUCCAUGAUGUCAUGCAAAGAGGUAUUGAAUUUGAAGAUCUGCAUUCAAACCGGUUCCAGACCAGCAGUCCGGUGUUUAAGUGGUGUUCAGGUAACCAUGGCGACCCGAGGCCACGCCUCCAGCUCAUUAAUGAGUAAUCACACAAAGGAGCGAGUGACCAUGGCCAAAGUCACUCUGGAAAACUUCUACAGUAACCUCAUAACACAACACGAGGAGAGAGAGAUGAGGCAGCAAAAACUGGAGAAAGUCAUGGAUGAGGAGGGAAUACCUGAUGAAGAAAAGUGUGUGCGGCGCUCUCAGCACGCUCGUAAAGAGACCGAGUUCCUCCGGCUGAAGAGAACCAGACUGGGCCUGGAGGACUUUGAGUCUCUGAAGGUGAUUGGACGAGGGGCGUUCGGCGAGGUGCGUUUGGUUCAGAAGAAAGACACCGGGCACGUUUACGCCAUGAAGAUCCUUCGCAAAGCCGACAUGCUGCAGAAAGAACAGGUGGGUCACAUCCGUGCAGAGAGAGACGUCCUGGUUCAGGCAGACAGUCUCUGGGUUGUGAAAAUGUUCUACAGUUUUCAGGAUAAAAUGAAUCUUUACUUGCUGAUGGAGUUUCUGCCUGGAGGUGACAUGAUGACUCUACUGAUGAAGAAAGACACUCUGACGGAGGAGGAAACUCAGUUCUAUGUGGCCGAGACGGUUCUGGCCAUCGAUUUCAUCCACCAGCUGGGAUUCAUACACAGAGACAUCAAACCAGACAACGUGCUACUGGACUCAAAGGGUCAUGUCAAACUGUCUGAUUUUGGCUUGUGUACGGGGCUCAAAAAAGCUCAUCGGACCGAGUUCUACCGGAACCUGAAUCACAGCCAAUCCAAUGACCUCACGUUUCAGCACAUGAACUCUAAGAGGAAAGCAGAAACAUGGAAAAGAAAUCGUCGACAGCUGGCCUUCUCCACCGUGGGAACGCCGGACUACAUUGCGCCGGAGGUCUUCAUGCAGACCGGCUACAACAAACUCUGUGAUUGGUGGAGCCUGGGCGUCAUUAUGUACGAGAUGCUGAUUGGUUAUCCUCCGUUCUGCUCAGAAACGCCUCAGGAGACCUACAAGAAGGUGAUGAACUGGAAAGAGACGCUGGUGUUUCCUCCAGAGGUCCCGAUCUCAGAGCGAGCCAAAGAACUGAUCCUGAGAUUCUGCUGUGAAGCUGAUCAUCGGAUCGGAGCAGCUGGUGUUGAAGAAAUCAAGAGAAACGCUUUCUUUGAAGGAGUCGAUUACGACCAUAUCAGAGAGAGACCUGCUGCAAUCCCGAUUGAGAUCAAAAGCAUCGAUGACACAUCAAACUUCGACGAAUUUCCAGAAUCAGACAUCUUGCAGCCUACAAGUCCAGCGGUGGUGAGCAGUCAUCCGGUGUCUGAGUAUAAGAACAAGGACUGGGUCUUCAUCAACUACACCUACAAACGCUUCGAGGGUCUGACGGCCAGAGGAGCCAUUCCAUCCUACAUGAAGACGGGCAAAAGAUAAACACCCUUUUUCUUCUCUAGGCCGAGCUUUUGAUAUUUAAUGGAGCGUUCCACUGCAGGAUUACAGAAUCGUUCCAGUGAGGAUUUAGUGUUCAUGCUCACGUCUCGACACUACCGAAGAAAACAUCUUUAUAUCAGACUGUGCUCCGAUAGCACUUUCCACCGCUGGAUUUUAAUUGAUUUGUAUUUGUUAUUUGUGCUUUACAUUUCACAAUGGGGUUUUAUUUUAUAGAUCACCCCCCGAAAACGUUCGCAGUUCUGUCCGUCUGUGUUUAUACAGGUCUGUAGCUGAAGUGCUCUUAGUCGUGUUAGGAUUUGCAUAAUGAUAUAUAUUGUAUGACUUGUCAUGUUGCCGUGGAAACCCUCGCUGAAACUCAUCUUUCAGUGAAGUCAGUCGCAUAUUUCAGUUUGAUGACAAAUGACGGGUGGAAUCCUGUAAAUGCAUAGCAGAUGUAUGAUCAGCCAUAUUGUUUAUCCAUAUAUUGUUUGCAUGUGGGUUAUCAGAGCUUUAAUAUCACUUAUUCUCAAGUUUCAUUGGUUUGCAGCUUUAUUUGUAUAUGAAUGUUGAAUGGUACUGAUUUGACUGUCAAAGGUACGAUCGGAGGGUCACAUGGUACAAGUGCUGUAACUCAAAACCACAUAAACGUAAUGAUAACAAAUGGACGAUUCUGCGCCUCCAGACUGCAGUAUGUGCUUUAAAGAGUCGUUUAUAAUACCACUGGCUGCAUGAGAUGGAAUAGCAUUCAAUA